UGACUGUUUCUAAAGUCAUAUCCAGUUGCUUGAGUAACUGUUUUGGCCUAUCUUAUUACCUGGAUGUCUAGCCUCCACCGACCGAUUUGUGAGGGGUGAAAAGAUACAAGAAACUGGACUAAAAGCGAGUGCAGGCUUCUCCAAACAGAGGAACGCCAUCUAGCGACUCAUUUCGAAAACCAAUGGAAGACUUCACCUACAUUCAUGAGAGCUACAUGUAUGCCGUUGAUACAGUUGAAUCAUCACAAGAAAUACUAUUCAAGAAGAUCUUCACAGAGAAGAUCACAUGGCAAAUCUGUGUUCUGUUCGCAUCUCGGUUUCCUGACGGAACCUCAGGAUGUCGUAGCCAAGAAGAACCAGACGGUGUGGCUGGACUGCCGGGGCGACGGGGAAGGGGGGCCCGUCAACGUUACGUGGCACCGCCGGCCCCUCGGACGGCCCCUGGACCAGCCCGGGGAAGCCAUCGUCAACGACACUCGUCGCUACCUCCUCCACACGAAUGGGACUCUUAAAAUACUUUCAUUCAGACCUCAUAGACCUAGGGGUGGGGACGAGGGGACGUAUUGGUGCCUGGUGAAGAGCCCCGCCGGGGCCAUACGCAGUAAAGAUGCACACGUGCAAGCGGCAGCUCUGCCCAAAUUCACUGUGCAGCCAUCCCCCACCCAAGCCGUGGUUGGUGGCGUCGCUCGCUUUCAGUGUUAUACACAAAACGCAGUACCUCCAGCUUCUAUCUCAUGGGAGAAGGAUCGGUUGCCUCUCCCACCUAGUGACAGGUUCGUUCAACUUCCCUCAGGAGUUCUUCAAAUCCACAAAGUGCAACAAAAUGACACGGGUAGAUACCGAUGUGUGGCGUCCAACAUGCUCAGAGAACGCCGAAGCCAACUUGCAGACCUCACUGUAACAUCUGCUCCAGUUGAGGAGCAGGAGCCACGCAUAGAGACAAAGCCACUGAACCUGACAGUGCUGGCUCACCAGGACGUGUACAUGGAGUGUGUGGCCACAGGGAACCCUGCACCCACCAUGUCAUGGAGCAGGAAGAAUGGAAAAAUUGGGUCGAAUGGUGUACAGUUCAUUAAUGGCAACCUCAGGCUACAAGAUGUCACUGUGGACAAGAGUGACACCUACGUUUGUUCAGCAAAUAAACCACGCACCCGCAUACGACAAACCGCCAACGCCACCUUGACAGUUGUCGAGCCGCCCACCGUUGAGAAGGGUCCUGUUGAUAUGGACGACAUUGUGACGGCUAAGACAGCGCGGCUGCCCUGUGAGAUCAGAGGCACGCCGACGCCCACGAUCGAGUGGCUCCAUAACGGGGAGCAGGUCUACUGGAACGGGCGGAUUGAAAAACACGAGAAGGAGCUGGUCAUCACCUCGGUGGUGACCUCAGAUGGUGGGAUGUACCAGUGUGUCGGGUACAAUGAAUAUGGGAUGGUGUAUGCAUACGCCAGGCUCACCAUAAAGGUGGAAAGUGACAGUCCAGACCCACCCCAAAACAUCCAACUGAUCACCAAGAGUUCCACCGAGAUAUUGGUGAGAUGGACACCUUCUGUCAGCAAGUCUCCCAUCAUUGCCUACACUAUCCACUACCUGCAGACAGAAGGUAACAACAAGGAAGAGAAGAAGCCGGUGAAUGUGUCUCAGACCGAAUAUCUGGUCACCGACCUGCUCCCUAACACCAACUACACAUUCUACAUGUCGGCUUAUACCAAGGAGGCUGCCAGCAAGAUGCAUUCUCAACAAGUGGUGGCCAGGACAAUGGAGGGAGUUCCCAAGGCGGCUCCCACCUUGUCUCUGAGCAGCAGAAGUCCGUACUCCAUCGACGUCGGCUGGCAGCCUCUCUCCCGCGAGGACAGUCAGGGGCAGAUCAUCAAGUAUAAGGUGGAGUACAGGAUGGAGAAGGACAAAGAUCUGGAGCGGGCACAGGAGGUGCAGGGUUGGCUGACUCAGCACGAGAUCAAAGGGCUCGAGCCUGACACCACGUACCAGGUCUGUGUUGCCGCGGCAACCAGGAUUGGUUACGGCCCGUGCUCCCGCCACAUCAGCCAGAAGACCAUGAAGCAGAACGAACGUGAAGUCUUGCGGGAGCCAGUGGUCACAGUGCUAGCGCUGAACUCCACUGCCAUCCAGAUCUAUUGGGACAUGCCUAGCCUGAGCCCGGAUGAGAAGAUUCUGGGCUACAAGCUGGAGUAUACAGGGGAAGAUGAGAUACUCCAUGGCCCCAUCGCACUACCAAGCAACCUGAAUAGCUUUCGACUUGGAAGCCUCAUGCCUGACACUUCUUAUGAAGUGAAGCUCUUUGCUUGGAAUGAGAAAGGUGACAGCCCGCGGGCCACUCAGCUCAUUAAGACCAUGGAGUCCUCUGUACAUGUGGUUCCACCCGUGCUGUCUCCGAUGCCCCCGUCUAACGUCAAGCCCAGUGCUCUCAACGCGACCAGCGUGAACGUGACCUGGUCCAAGCCGCGGAUGACCACGGUCGAGACCGUUUACUACACGGUCCGAUUCAACCCUACCAACCUACAGAACGCCACCUUGGUGGAGUACAUUCGCAGCAACACCACCAGUUUGAUUGUCAAUGACCUGAAGCCCUAUACCAGGUAUGAGUUUGCUGUGAAGUCACACGGCAGACAGGGCACAGAGAGCAAGUACACUAAUGCAGCCAUCUGUCAGACAAAGGAGGGCAAACCUGGGCCCCCAUCAGAGGUUGAAGUGAAGUUGCUGUCAUCUGAAUCUGGGGCGGCUGUGUUCGUCCAAUGGGGGCCGCCCAUGGAAACUAACGGUCAGCUCAAGGAGUUCAUCAUUCUCUACGUGCCGUCUGAUUCGUCGCUGCCAGAUGCGGACUGGUCUAGUGUUAAGACAACAGCUGAUCAGAGGAGUGCUACUGUGAACAACUUGAAAUACAGAACGGAGUACUUCUUCAAGAUGAGGGCCAGCACCGAGGUUGGACCGGGGCCCGCGUCCGACCCGCAAAAUGUCUUCACCCUCCCUCCGCUACCCGGGGAGAAAACCACGACUGGGGGCGGCAUUGUCGACAGCGAAGGCACGCGGCCUGAGAAACGGGAGAGCAUGGUGACGGGAAUCGUGGUGGGGGUGGCCAUCGCGGUGGUCUGCAUCAUGAUUUGUGCCAUCAUUCUGCUCUGCAGAGACCCAGAGAGGCGAGCCAGGUUGUGCUGUUUUGGAAGAGACCGCCAUCCUCCUCAUGGCACCAGGAACGACCACGGCCACCGGCGUAACGGGAACAUCCCAAACGGUCAUGUCCGUGGUCAGGACGAUCUGUACGAACUUGACUGUUACACGCCGAUGCUUACAGCCCUGCCACCCAAUCCUGAGGUGGAUGCAAAGGGUCCGAGUGAGGAAGUGGAGAAGCGUCUGAACGGUCACGUCAACGGGAUCGUCAUCAUGAACGGGAAGCUACUUGCCAACGGGAAGGUCAUCUCCAAGCGCCCCGACCGCCCGGGUGGCAAGCCCAAACACCUCAACGGUCACACCAAGCCAGCCGGCGGCGGUCAUCCCAAAACGCAAGUGCCAAAGAUUGACCGUCAGGGUGACGAGGAGGCCUGGAACGGGACGCGGAAUGGCGUGAACGGGAUCAUGAUGUCCAUUCCCAUCCCGAAACACUCGUCCUUCCACGAGCCCAGCUACCUGGAUCUAGACGAUGGACCGGACCAGGACUGCCCAUUGCAGACGCCCGACAGAGCGUGUAUCGAGCUCGACAUCCCCCUACAUACGGGUAUAGGUGAUGACCAGGGGGACAGUGAGCAGGCACCCGAGGCGGUCGACUCAGGCCACCCUUCCUCCUACUCAAGUAGCCAUGGUGACGAGGAAGACCCUCUCCAAGCAGACCCUCUCAACGGAGAGGACUCUUCCAACUCAGGUCAACCAACUACCUCACCCCACUCAACACCUGAGGAUGUUACAGUGACGACAGACGCUGGUUCAACUGACGAUGUUUGGCAGCCCCGGACGCCGACCGACGGCAGGAACGACACUGACGACGUCCGGGUCUCCCCAAACUCCCCCUCCUCCCCAUCCAACUCCCUCCAAAGCAAAGUACAGAGCUGGUCUCAGGGUCUACACACAUCACAGGGGGACGGUGCGCCCCCCUCCCCACCACCCAUCCCAGGGCAAACAGGGCAGCAAGGCAACCUCCCAGCACAGAGGCACAGACCAUCCGUGUGGGACGAGCCCCGCAGCCACACACACGACAGGCCGGACGGGGAACCGGUUCACUCCAGUACCGAGCCGCGCAGGCAGGAGAAGCCCAACAGCGAUGGGCAGCCUGUGCCGGCGGGGGCUGGGGACGGGCAGGCCUCGGGCCACAACUUGCCACAUGAACUCAGUAAGAGUCCGGCACGCAGGGUACCUCUCACUCACGGGAACAGCCACAAUGGGACUGACCGCCUCCACGGCAUAGACUACGAAGUUUAACCUCUGGCAGAAAGCAAAAAGAAAGGCACCAUGUCUCCAGGUUUCACCCUCGACUGCCAAGCAGGGCUCAGUAUUAUUCCACAUGGCAAGGGUGUGGCACGCUGGCGGACGUACCCCCCCAUAUGUGUAACCUCUGAGUUUCUCACCUCUGACCUCUGAACUACAACCUUCAACCUCAAGUGAAAUCCUAUGCCAGGCAUGGGUUAGCCGUCAAGAUGCCAAUAUAACAAAAGACUCAAAGAACCAAAAAACUACCUCAGACUCAGGUGUACCAUAUAUCCAGCAUGACCUCUACCUCGUUGACAGCACGCCCCUUCCCAUCAGCCUCAGUCACUGUCAGUAAGACGUCGCUACCUCAGGUAACCUGUUGUGUAAUAGUACAUCAGGUACAAGGUAAGGUGUACACGUACACUGUGGUCAUGUGACCUGCUGUGUAAUAGUGCAACCGGUACACGGUAACCUGUUGUAUUGUAAUAUGUAGUAGGUGUAUAAUAUAAACUACUGUUGUUGUAGUAGUUACUGAAUUAUCAAUAUGUUAAGGUAAGGUUUUAAAACAAAAAACAUGUAGCAUUAUGUUAUACCGUGGCAGCAGUUAAGCAGUUGUCAUGCACAUUUCCAGGGAUACAGUGAACAUCUGCACUCAAGAUUGUAGCAUAGAGUAAACUUGCACUGCGGCUUUGUCCAUUUAUGGUAACAAAGCCACGUCCGUUUAUAUUAAAACUGCUGUCUGCCUUUCGCUGUAAGAAAUACAUGAACCCGAACUUCCUAAUGAUUAUUCAGCUGAUGUUUCCAUAAAUUUAGAUUUCAGUGGUUUUAACACUGAGUUGAAGAAUAAUGGAAGAAGAAACUUCUCUAAAAUACAUUUUUGUACUAAGGAAGAAACUGGAAGGUUCCAUAUUUCUCUCAGGGGGGCAGCAGCAUACUCUUGUACAGAUUGUAGUGGCCAUGUUCUUAUCCAAACUGGGAAAGCCAACCUCAUGUAGUUUAAUUACACCGUCCCGCAUUUUUGUUACGUCUCCCAUGCUCUUGGUGUUUUCUGUAUACAUGUGAUUCGUCCCCAAUAUUCAAAUUUUAUGAUACUAUUUCAAGCUACAAAUUUUAAAAUUUCAUGGCAAAACAGUGAAGUUGACCCAAUCCGAUGUAAAAUAUAGGUCAAGCAUCGUCUUUGAAACAUAAUUUUAACAUUUUGAAAUAUAGCUGAUAGUUUUUAUCAGUAUUGUCAUUGAUGUCAGCAAUAUUAUGAAAAAUGGCAUUUUGAAAAUGAUUGAAAUUACAAAUGAUGAGAAAAUUGUGUCUAUAUCUACACCAGCAAGAGUGUAUGAAAUAAUGUCAAGAAAGAAAAUGAAAAAUUAGCAGAAAAAUUAGGGAAAUCAAACAUGACUAAAACACACUGUACUUGCAUGUUCCUGUUCAAAUUCCUCCCUGUUAAAUUAUACUCUAAACAGUUGCAAAAACAAAACUUUUAAUCUAGAAGUCAAACAACAAAUACAAGACCUGAUAGUACUAACCGGUCUAUAUUUGCCAAUUCUUCAUACAAAAACAGACACACAUUUCUUUGGUUAGUUUGGAAGUCAGGUUGAAAUGCCCACUUGUUGUAACUGCAUAUACUUACACGUAUUCCUACCUUGCAGAACUAUAGACGUACCCAUAAAGCAUUUGGUAUAUUCAGGUUAAUGAUUCUUCUCAGGGAGUUUUAGCUAUACCAAAUAUGGAAGAAGAACAUGUGCCAUAUUUGGACAUUUCUAGACAGGGUCUUUUUCUUUUGCAUGACCUGAAUAUGUCAGACCAAAUAUGGGCAAGGGGAAAGUUGACUUUUGACCUGACUUUAUGAGAACUGGCUUCCCAUUGGAUAAGAACUUGAGAUUAUCACAGAAUAAUUUAACAUAACACUAUAUGUAUGGUGAUGUCACAAAGGGU